AUGACCUUUCUUAUUGACUCCGCGGACAAGCGAGUCCUCACAGGUGACGCCCCUCUCGAUAUUGCACCUUCUCCUCCUGCUGGCGUAACGACACUCCCUCGGCUUUUCCAGCAUCGCGCAACGACGCAACCCGACAGAAUCGCUUUCUCUUGUCAAAUCGACCAACAGCUGGAGCAGGUAACAUAUGGCGAAGCACACACCAUUGCAGCAUCUCUGGCUGUCCAGAUCACUUCGCUCCAUUCAUGCAGACCCCGGUCACAGGCCCCUAUUGUCGCCAUCUGGUUUGAGAAAGGCCUGGAUUUGAUACUCAGCAUACUUGCUACAACAUACUCCGGUGCCACAUGGCUGCCCCUCGAUCCUGAUGUGCCUGUCGAGCGCGUCGCCACAUGCGCUCUCGAUGCAUCCGCAUGCGCACUCAUCUGUGACUCAUUUCAUCUUCAGCGUGCCCUCGAGGUGCAGCAACGAGUGGGAGACAGUCUGUCCGUUCGAUCUUACGAAGAGUUGACGACACCAGCGGAGGACGCGACCUCAAAACUCCGUGGCCCACAACCGCACGACGCCGCAUAUCUGAUAUACACAUCGGGAACGACGGGUACGCCCAAGGGCAUUGCGAUCCCGCAUUCUGCUGCCCUGACCUUCUCGCUCGCUGAAAGAGAAGUUCUGCAGACCAGUCUCGAUGAUGUCGUUUGGAACGGCUUCAGUCCAGCAUUUGACAUGUUUAUUGAAGAAAUGUGGGUUACCAUCGCUGGCGGCGGUCACCUAGCCAUCGGCACGCGGGACGAAUGCCGAGAUGUGACAGGGCUGCCGGCCGUCUGGGAGAAACGUGGAGUCUCAGUCGUCAAUGCUGUGCCCACACUGAUCAGCAUAAUGCUGGUAUCGCAAGGCAGUGGAGAAUACUCUUUGUUGCCAUCUUGUAUCCGCCUCAUCAACCUCGGCGGAGAGGCCUGUCCUCCAGCACUGGUUGACCGGCUCGCACGUCCUGGUCUUCGCAUCGUCAACACCUACGGCCCGACCGAAACAACUGUAACAUGUACGUGGGCGGAGCUUCAGCCCGGAAUACCUGUGACCAUCGGCAAACCGCUACCAUCCUAUCAUGCCUGCUUUCUCCCAAUAUCUGAAGAUGGCACAGCAGCAUCCCUGGAGCCUCUCGAGCUCGAAGCUGGCGUCGAGGGCGAACUUGCAAUAGGAGGACCAUGUGUCGGUCUUGGCUACGUUGGUCGGGCUGAACUCACAGCACAAAAGUUCAUCUCCCAUCCUCUUUUCCCUGGAGAGCGGUUAUACCGUACCGGAGAUCGUGUCAGACUACAGCCGGAUUCGAACAUAGCCUUUCUCGGCCGCAUCGAUACACAAGUCAAAUACCGUGGCUUCCGAAUCGAGCUCGGAGAGAUCGAGUCGACAAUCUCCAGUCAUCCCGACGUACAGGCUGCCGCCGUCAUAUUGGCAAAUCCAGAUACCGAAGCGGCUCAAUUGGAAGCAUUUGUCGUUCUGCAAAAUGGCGCAAAAGCUCAAACGAGCUCAAUCAUCCAGCUGUGCUCGCAACGCUUACCUUCAUACAUGCGCUCUGACGAAGUCAUCUUCAUUCAAGCAAAUGAAAUUCCACGACUACCGAGUGGGAAAAUCAAUGCAAAAGCGCUGCACGAGCUGUCAGCCCGCCGAAAGGAAGCUGCAUCAGCAGAAGUCGAACCAGAAGUCAUCGUAGACUAUGACCAGAGCACACCGCUAGGCAUCUUCUUGACGAACUCGAGCAUUCUGUUUCCGCAGGCGGGACCGAUUGAUGCCCAAGCUGAUUUUUUCGACGACCUGGGCGGACAUUCUCUGCUGGCAGCAAUGUUAGUCUCGCGCUUGCGUAAGGCAUGUACAGAGGUCGAGGGCUUCAUGCCAUUCGCAUCGAUCGGCUUACCGGAUAUUUACGAGGGUCGCACCCCGGCCAAGAUCGCCGCCCGCUUCGAGAAAGCAUGCGAGGAUGCGAGUAGCAGUAUGAUGGCAGGAAGCGAUCCAGGCGACCAUGCAGGCACUGGGGCAAAGACUGGACCGCACAUGCCGAUCUCGCACACGAAAUUUGUCCUUUGUGGUCUGGCUCAACUCCUGCCGCUACUGUUUCUGUUCUUCACCGCAUCGAUCGAGAUCCUGGUUCCGUAUUUGACGUUUGACUAUCUCGUCCUGAGAGGAUACGUCCACUGGGGUAUUCUUGCUGCGUACGGCGUUUAUGUCGCCAUUCCACCAUGUUUGACUCUGUUGGCUGUCGUAGGGAAAUGGCUUGUCCUUGGUAGGGCAAGAGAAGGAGAAUACCCACUCUACAGCUGGUAUUACUUCCGUUGGUGGACAGCCGAACGCCUCGUCGGUUUGAUCAAUACCAAGAUCCUGGCUGAUAGCGCAAUGUAUCCUUUUGUGUUUCGAGCUCUCGGUGCUAGAGUCGGCCAACACUGCCACCUGGGCGCCAUUGCUAUCGGCGCUGCCUGCGAUCUAGUGGAAAUUGGAGACGAUGUGGUCAUUGGUGCCGAUGUUGUUCUAGCAGUCAGCGUGGUGGAAAGAGGAAUGCUCGUCCUGAAAAAGAUCUCGAUUGCCAGCGACGCCAUCGUCGGAUCCAACUCGGUUAUCGAAGGAGGUGCCACGAUCGGAGAGGCCGGGGAGCUGGGCGCACUCUCGAUGCUUCCUGAUGGCAUGCACGUACCAUCUUUUCAACGCUUCCACGGAUCUCCCGCACGACUGGAAAGACAAGUGAAAGAGGCAGACGCUGCUCUCGGAAGAUCGACUCGGCCAUCCUCGGUUCGUGCAGCCGCGAUGCUCCUGGGCAACAUGAUCGUCGCAGGCCUGGUCUUGCCUCUGCUGUAUCUUGUGCCGCAAAUUCCAGGUCUGCUGCUAUUCGAUCUGCUCGACCUGAGGUCGUUAGGAGCCUGGGUUCAGGUGGCGGCGCUAUCGAUUCCUGUAACGCUGGCGUAUCAGUGCCUCGUCUUCGCCCAAUUCAUCAUUCUCCGACGCAUUUUCCUGGGACGCCUCCGAGAGGGUACCUACAGGAUCCACAGCUCUUGGUACUUGCGCAAGUGGUUCAUCGACCGACUGAUGGACCUCGCCCUCAACAUUCUGCAUCCCGUCUUCGCAACGCUCUACAUCGUGCCCUUCCUCAGGAUCUUGGGGGUCAAGAUCGGCAGACGAUCAGAGAUCUCCACUGCGCGAGGACUCUCAUUCGAGCUGCUGGAGAUUGGGGAUGAAGCUUUCGUUGCAGACUCUGUUCUCAUGGGCGACACCGAGGUAAGAGGCAACAAGCUCACGCUGAAGAAGACCAAAUUGGAAAGUCGCGCCUUUGCUGGGAAUGCCUCGCUGUUACCACAAGGGACGACGCUCGCAUCCGACACUCUCGUGGGUGUGCUGUCCAUUGCACCACCAGCAGACGCUCCGCUCAAGAGUGGGACCUCUUGCUUUGGCACACCGCCUGUCCGAAUGCCAGCUCGCCAAAAGGCUGAAGGUCAUGAUGACAAUUUGCUCUUCAGCCCUUCCAAAGGACGCAUCGCAGCUCGAUUGACUAUCGAAGGCCUUCGGAUAAUCGCUCCUCGCGCGCUCAUCGUGUUCGGCCUUGGCUUUUCGCUGCGACUGGCAUACGCGGGAUACCACCUGAUCGGUGCGGUGCACACCUUGCUCAUGCUGCCGCUCUUCUACUUUGCAUUCUUCGCACUACCUUCGCUACUCUUUGUUGCGCUGCUCAAAUGGAUCCUUAUCGGCCGCUAUCAUGAUGCAGAAUGGCCUCUCUGGUCGCUCAAUGUCUGGCUGAGCGAAGCUGUGACCAGCACGUGGGAGACGGUCACUGAGCCUUUACUUGCAAGCCUGCUGGUGGGCACGCCAUAUUUGGCCUGGUGUUUCCGACUGAUGGGCGUCAAAAUUGGCUCGCGGGUUACUCUCCUGAACAGUGACAUUACAGAAUAUGACUGCGUCAGUAUUGGAGAUGAGGCAAUGGUGGGCGAGCACUGCGGCGCUCAAACGCAUCUUUUCGAAGAUCGCGUCAUGAAAGUAGGACACGUCUCGAUAGGCGCUCGUGCGUGUCUCAAACCAUACUCAGUGUGCCUCCCCGGCAGCACUGUGGGCGAUGGAGCACAACUUGGCUGCUUGAGCUUGCUGAUGAAGGGCGAACAGUUGCCAGAGAGUACAGCGUGGGAGGGAGCUCCAGUGGUUCCAAGAGCAGCGAGGCGAAGGGCUAACACUCCAAUGCGCUCGCCGCAAGCCAAGACGAACGCAAGCACUUCGACGAUUUCAAGUUCGAAGAAGUCGACUGCAAUGGUUUCAGUAGCAUCGAGUAUAGCGUCGAGUAGAUAA